CUGAGGGAAGCCAUGCCCUACCACAGAGUCCUUCGCCUGGUCCUGCUAACACUGUGCGGCAUCCUGGUCCCUGCUGUGCUGGCAGGCUCGCUGGGGCCCGGAGCGAUCAGUGCCAUUGUCAUCGCCUCCCUCCUGGGUACGUCUGUGCUCGUGGCCUUGGUUGUCAUCACGCUGAGAAAGUUCUCGGCCUCCUGA